AUGGCCUUUAGGGAUGAAGGACUUCUUUUCCCAGAUGCUAGGAAUUCUGCUGAAAGUCAGCUCUCGACUCUCAGUCCGCUAUCUGUGUUGCCUUGGCUGGAGAGAGCUGCCUUGCCUGAGGUUCUGCCUCAUUCCCAUGCUAAUAAGCAUGGCAUAAGAAGACUUGGCCCCCUCACCCUAAGUCGGGUUUCUCUGAAGUCAGAACUCCAUGUAGCAUCAGCUGAGGUCUCCAUUGAGAGGAACCCAAGCUGCGAUAGUGAGUUUGAGAAUAGUGAUGGCAUUAAUAAAAGUACAAAAUUCGGCAACGGGAAGGUGGCUUUUGGAAGAAAUAUGAUAGCCUUGGAUUUGGAGUUUUUGAAUUUAGGUGAAAAUGGUCAGCUCUGGACUCCUCAGACGAUACAGCAAACUCUCAAGAGGACAUUGCAGUAUUAUGAGCAUCAAGUUAUGGGCUUUGGUGCCUUGGCUCUCUUUCAGAAGCAGCAGGAAAAGUGCCAGCCAACAUCUGAUUACACAGCCAUUGUGUCAUUUAGUCCUCACAAGAAAUCUAGCAGUUAUAGGGAUGCAGAAAAGAAUUUCCACAACAUCUCCAACAGAUGCUCCUAUGCAGACCAUUCCAACAAAGAGGAAAUUGAAGACAUCUCAGGAAUUCUUCAGUGUACUGCUAAUAUACUCGGUUUGAAGUUUGAGGAAAUUCAAGAAAGAUUUGGAGAGGAGUUCUUUAACAUAUGCUUUGAUGAGAAUGAGAGAGUCCUUCGAGCUGUAGGUGGCACAUUGCAGGACUUUUUUAAUGGCUUUGAUGCUUUGUUGGAACACAUUAGAACUUCUUUUGGAAAACAGGCCACUCUGGAGUCACCAUCUUUCCUAUGCAAAGAGCUCCCUGAAGGUACUCUCAUGCUCCACUACUUCCACCCUCACCAUACUGUGGGAUUUGCAAUGCUGGGGAUGAUCAAGGCUGCAGGAAAGAAGAUCUAUCGGCUGGAUGUGGACGUGGAACAGGUUGCAAGUGAGAAGCUGUGCUCUGAUGGCUCAAAUCCAGGCAAUUGUAGCUGUCUUACUUUCCUUAUCAAAGAAUGUGAAAAUACUAAUAUUACGAAGAAUCUUCCACAGGGGACCUCUCAAGUUCCUGCAGACCUCAGAAUUAGCAUCAACACCUUCUGCAGAGCCUUCCCUUUCCACUUGAUGUUUGACCCCAACAUGUCAGUCCUUCAGCUGGGGGAGGGCCUCCGGAAGCAGUUCCGAUGCGACACGCACAAAGUGCUCAAGUUUGAGGACUGCUUUGAGAUUGUUUCUCCAAAGGUUAAUGCCACCUUCGAAAGGGUCCUGCUGCGACUGUCCACCCCUUUUGUGAUUAGGACCAAGCCUGAGGCCUCUGGCACUGAAAAUAAAGACAAGGUGAUGGAAGUCAAAGGACAAAUGAUCCAUGUCCCAGAAUCAAAUUCCAUUUUAUUUUUGGGCUCUCCAUGUGUGGACAAGUUGGAUGAACUCAUGGGCCGAGGGCUGCAUCUCUCAGACAUCCCUAUCCAUGAUGCCACCCGAGAUGUCAUUUUGGUUGGUGAGCAAGCAAAGGCCCAAGAUGGCUUGAAGAAGAGGAUGGAUAAAUUAAAGGCAACUUUAGAAAGAACUCACCAGGCCCUGGAGGAAGAGAAAAAGAAGACAGUGGAUCUUCUGUAUUCUAUUUUCCCUGGUGAUGUAGCCCAGCAAUUGUGGCAAGGGCAGCAGGUGCAGGCCAGAAAGUUUGAUGAUGUCACCAUGCUCUUUUCAGACAUUGUUGGCUUCACAGCCAUAUGUGCCCAGUGCACUCCAAUGCAAGUGAUUAGCAUGCUGAAUGAACUUUACACCAGAUUUGACCACCAGUGUGGAUUUUUGGAUAUUUAUAAGGUAAUUGUGUUUUGUUACUUAUAUAUAAAUACUCUUUAAUAAUAAAUUGU